GUCAUAACAGCUGCGCAUGCGUAGUGCCAUUCGCCGACAGCUAGCAGAAAACACCACCAAGCCAGCUAACUGUUGACCUAAUACAGCAAUUAUUCCAACACUAAACGCACGUCGAGAUGUUCCGGAGAAAACUGACAGCCUUAGAUUAUCACAACCCCGCUGAGUUUGACUGCAAAGAUGAAACACAGUUCAGGAACUGCAUCGUGUGGCUGGAGGACCAGAAGAUCCGACACUACAAGAUAGAGGACCGAGGAAACCUGAGGAACAUCCCGAGCUCAGAGUGGCCCCAAGCUUACGAGAAGUACCUGCAGGAUGUGAACUGUCCGUUUCCAGUACAGGAGAGGCAGGAGGCUUUGGACUGGUUACUGGGCCUGGCUGUAAGAUACGAAUAUGGAGACAAUGUUGAGAAGUACAAGAAGUGUGAGCCGCUGGCAGCCAGCAACAGCAACAAAGCCGUGGACCCCCUUAUCAACCUUGACAGCGACUCUCCAGAAUUCAAAGCAGGAGUCACAGCUCUGGCAAACAUUCUGAAGAUACAGAGGCAUGACGACUACCUGGUUAUGCUCAAGGCCAUUCGGAUUCUGAUCCAGGAGAGACUUUCUCCAGAAGCCAUCACUAAAGCAAACCAGAACAGAGAGGGUGUCCCAGUAGCUUUGGACAAACACAUCUUGGGAUUUGACACUGGAGAUGCGACUCUGAACGAGGCGGCUCAGAUCCUGCGCCUGCUGCACGUGGAGGAGCUGAGGGAGCUCCAGACUAAAAUCAACGAGGCCAUCGUUGCUGUUCAGGCCAUCAUCGCCGACCCAAAGACAGACCACAGACUGGGCAAGGUGGGCAGAUGAGAGUGAGGAUGAAGAGAGGCGGAGGAAGGAAGAUGGGACAGAAUGGAGGAGUUUUAAUUUGAUUUUGGGAGGAAAAGACUUUCUUCUUUUUGAGUUGGACAUAAACGAGCAUUUUUUCCGUUUGGUGCCUGAGAUCAGACUGUUGCAAUUUGAUAUUUUGAGUCAAGUGUUAGAUGAAAUAGUUGACACUGAUGAUGUCAUUUUCACAAUAAAAGUCUGUUUUAAGAGACAUCCGUUGAACCUCCCGAUCACCUCUCAUCAGCCACACCUAGAGAACAUCUUCAAACUAACGGUUAUCAUUUGUGUUUUCAGUUUUACAGGUGUUUUUUUGUUGAUGAAUUAAAGCUUUAUUUUGAAACGGUUUACAUUGAUGCUGUGUGGGAAACAUAAAUACAGCUGAACAGA